AUGAGGGCUUCCCCGGUUGCUCUACUUAUUGUAUACUAUAUACCCAUUGUUUCAGCCAAUGCAUAUUGGGAUGCAUACGCGACUCGUAUCGACAGCACACGCUCUAACCAAGGAGCCCUAACAACAACCUUCACACCACCUUCAUCAUGCUUCACACCCACAACACAAGCAUACUAUGGAUACCCGUCAAUGAUCAUAGGGUGCCCCGGUCCUGGCAGAAAUAAUUGCUGCCCACCAGACUGGAAUUGGAACGUUUAUUUCAGUCCCGGGGUGUGUCCAUCCGGCUACAAAGCCUGUACACUACCAACUACGACCCAGCGAAAGGAGACCACAGAGAUUUGUUGUCCAAGUAACUAUGCUUGCAGCGGCCAAGACUGGUGUGUCAGUUCUCUUGAGACUAUCUCGACAAUGACGUAUACGGAUAGUACGCUUUCAACCGAGUCUCCUGCUUACGCUAUAACGGCAACACCUAUACAAAUUCGGUACAAGGCGGCUCAGUCCACGAUUAUUCCCAUUGCAACCCCUUCUUUUGAUUUGCCUAUGCCAAAGCAUGAGCUUGACACGCGGGAGAAGGUUGGAAUUGGGAUUGGGGUUCCUGUUGCAGUGGGACUUUUGGGAGCUGUGCUAUUUUUCGGUUGGAGGCGCUGGCGAGAGAAGGGGACUAAGAAGGGGGUUAUAGAAGGUCCUAUGGGCAUUGGGAGUGAUUUGGAGAGGGAAUGGGGAGGGGAGCACGAAAGAGCAAGACAAAUAGAAAGGGAGAGAGAGAUUGAGAGGGCAAAAGGGGUGGAAAGAGAAGUGGCUAGUGGAACUCAGAGAACAAAUGAUGUUGAAACGGCGAGUCAACGAGCGAUGGAGAUGGAGAGGGCGCAGAGGGAGUUGGAUAAUGAGAGAGAUCCACCCCCGGCUUAUAAUAGAUAG